AUGGAUUCAGCUCCCCAGGGCACAGGCCAGCAGGGUAGACCGCAGCAGGGCCAACAACAACCACCUGUAUAUGAUACACGGAAUGGAGGACACUAUGGCGCCAGUGCACAGCUUUCAGCACAAGGAUAUGCACCUCUUGCUGAGCUGUAUACCGGAACCUGGGCCAAUGUGAACCAAGGCCUGCAAGGGACCGCUCGUGAUAUCUUGACAACUUACUGGCAGCAUGUCAUCAAUCAUUUGGAAGGCGAGAAUCACGAUUACAAAAUCCAUCAGCUGCCACUCGCUCGAAUCAAGAAAGUGAUGAAGGCCGACCCGGAAGUCAAAAUGAUAUCUGCAGAGGCCCCGAUCUUGUUUGCAAAGGGCUGUGAUAUCUUCAUCACGGAGCUGACAAUGCGUGCUUGGAUCCAUGCCGAAGAUAACAAGCGUCGCACCUUGCAACGCUCUGACAUUGCUGCAGCUCUCUCCAAAUCCGACAUGUUCGAUUUCUUGAUUGACAUUGUCCCCAGAGAGGAGGCCGCCUCACACGCCAAGCGAUCGAGCCAGGCUGGUGUCCCAGGGCCGUCGGCGGCUCCAGGCCAGUUACCACCCUCUCAGCACGGUGUUCAGCCACACAUGGGCCCUGCAGACUACGGGGCACUUGGACAACAUGGUAUUCCGCAGGAACAGGAAUAUCGUCCACAGCCCACAAUGUAUCCGGGUCCAGUUCAAUCAGACCCCACUGGAGCAUAUGGUCAGCCCCAAUCUCAAAUGUUCGAGGGCAUGUAUGCUGCUUACCCGCAUCUCCCUCCUCAGCAGGUAUGA